CGUCGCGGGCUACGGCGGCCGGCAGGGGGCGGCGGCGGCCGUUGGCGGAGGUCGGGAGGCGGGAGCCGCGGGCCUCGGGCGCUGCGAGCCCCGCGGGCACCGGGCUUGGCCGCGGCGGCCGCGGGCUGAGGCCAUGGGGGACCGCGGCGGCGCGGGCGGCUCCCGGCGCCGGAGGUCGGGCGGCCCGCGGCACUCGAGCCAGGACGGCGGCAGCGGCGGGCGCGCGGCGGCGGAAGAGGAGGCGCGGGACGCGGCGGCGGGCCCCGACCUGGGCGGCGGGGGCGACGCGCCGGCUCCGGUUCCGGGCGAGGACGAGGCCGCCGACGCGGGCAGCGGCCCCCGGGAGCUGAGGUGCCACCAGGUGCAGGACUCUCUGUUCAGCUCAGACAGCGGCUUCAGCAACUACCGUGGCAUCCUGAACUGGUGUGUGGUGAUGCUGAUCUUGAGCAACGCCCGGUUAUUUUUAGAGAACCUCAUCAAGUACGGCAUCCUGGUGGACCCCAUCCAGGUGGUGUCUCUGUUUCUGAAGGACCCCUACAGCUGGCCUGCCCUGUGCCUGGUGCUAGCGGCCAACGUCUUUGCUCUGGCUGCGUUCCAGGUCGAGAGGCGCCUGGCGGUGGGCGCCCUGACGGAGCGGGCCGGGCUGCUGCUGCACGCGGCCAACCUGGCCACCGUCCUCUGCCUCCCGGCGGCAGUGGCCUUCCUGGUGGAGUCCAUCACGCCAGUGGGCUCCGUGCUGGCGCUGCUGGUCUACACCAUCCUCUUCCUGAAGCUCUUCUCCUACCGCGACGUGAACCUGUGGUGCCGGGAGCGCAGGGCCGGGGCCGGUGGGGGGCUGCUCGCCGGGGCCCGCGCCCCCGACCCCUCGCCCUCUGGAGCCAAGAAGACCGACGGGGUCCCCGGCUCGCGCUCCGUGAGCUACCCCGACAACCUGACGCACCGUGAUUUGUACUACUUCCUCUUUGCCCCCACCCUGUGCUACGAGCUCAACUUUCCCCGCUCCCCCCGGAUUCGGAAGCGCUUCCUGCUGCGGCGGAUCUUUGAGAUGCUGUUCUUCACUCAGCUCCAGGUGGGGCUGAUCCAGCAGUGGAUGGUCCCCACCAUCCAGAACUCCAUGAAGCCCUUCAAGGACAUGGACUACUCCCGCAUCAUUGAGCGCCUGCUGAAGCUGGCGGUCCCCAACCACCUCAUCUGGCUCAUCUUCUUCUACUGGUUCUUCCACUCGUGCCUGAACGCCGUGGCGGAGCUCAUGCAGUUUGCAGACCGGGAGUUCUACCGCGACUGGUGGAACUCCGAGUCUGUCACCUACUUCUGGCAGAAUUGGAACAUCCCGGUGCACAAGUGGUGCAACAGACACUUCUACAAGCCCCUGCUGCGCCGCGGCAUCAGCAAGUGGGUGGCCAGGAUGGGGGUGUUCCUGGGCUCUGCGUUCUUCCAUGAGUACCUGGUGAGCAUCCCCCUGCGCAUGUUCCGCCUGUGGGCGUUCGCGGGCAUGAUGGCCCAGAUCCCGCUGGCCUGGAUCGUGAGCCGCUUCUUGCGCGGCAACUACGGCAACGCGGCCGUGUGGCUGACUCUCAUCAUCGGGCAGCCGGUGGCCGUGCUCAUGUACGUCCACGACUACUAUGUGCUCAACCAUGAGGCUGCCCAGGCUGGCGCCGCCCCACUGCCAGUGCCCCCUGGGCACUCAUGACCACCGUCCGUCCGGGGCAGGCUGGCGGCCCCCUUUUGCCACCCAAGGAUGGAGUGUGACAAUAAAGUGCUGUCCAGACUGAC